UGAAGAAUACUGCCUUACAGAAUCCCCAAAUUUACCCUUGCGAUGAUAGCUCAUGGGACACAUGCAACGAUUGCUAAAGAAAUUUGAAAAGCAGCCGAUUGGAUGAAGAUUUGCCAUUUAUUAGAGACAUUGGACUUCAUAGACUUGUAAUUUGGACAUGCAUUGACGUGAUGCGUGCGAUGAGUCAUGACGCAGGUAGAGGGGAUCAUGGCGAUCGUGUGUUCGGGACAUCAGGGGCACGGUGACUGAUCCGUCGUGGAAAUUAAAGUGACUCUUCGUGUUGGAUUGGUUUAAAUCGUAUAAAAUAUUGAGAAGAACUAGCUUCUGCUAACUAGAGGUUGGAAAAAUGAGCUUUUUUAGCAAAGUGUUUGGCGGUAAGAAGGAGCCCACUGCUCCUUCAACGGCCGAGGCGAUCCAGAAACUCAGGGAGACCGAAGAAAUGCUAAUGAAAAAACAAGAUUUCCUCGAGAAGAAGAUCGACAUUGAAAAACAAACGGCCAGAAAGAACGGAACUGCGAACAAACGAGCUGCGAUUCAGGCACUGAAGAGAAAGAAGCGCUAUGAGAAACAAUUGCUGCAAAUUGAUGGAACGUUGUCGACAAUUGAAAUGCAGAGAGAGGCGCUGGAGGGUGCUAAUACCAACACAGCGGUUCUAACCACCAUGAACAGUGCCGCGGCUGCUCUAAAGGCUGCCCACCAACACAUGGAUGUUGACCAAGUUCACGACAUGAUGGAUGACAUAGCGGAGCAACAAGAUGUUGCACGUGAAAUUUCCGACGCAAUCUCAAACCCGGUUGCCUUUGGCCAAGAUGUGGAUGAAGACGAAUUGGCAAAGGAACUCGAGGAACUCGAACAAGAGGAAUUGGACAAAGAACUGCUUGGAGUCGGCGGAAUUGGAACUCCUACCGAACUACCAGCCGUUCCUGCUACAUCAGUGCCUGCUGCUCCUGCCAAAGCUCGUUCAAAAGCCAAAGCCGAAGAAGUCGACGACGAUCUAAAGGAAUUGGAAGCGUGGGCCUCGUAAAGAAAUUAGGACCAUACUGUGUACACAAAGUAGGACACAAAAAUGAUAGCUUUCAACUGGAAACGAGGAGAAAGGUGUUGCGUGCGGGUGAGCCCAAAACGCCAUUAUAAAAUUAUCAUAAUAUAAAAAAAUUAAAACAGGAGAAAGAUUAUAAAUUUAACCAUUCAAGUUCUAAGGUUUGUAGCGUUUCUGUACAUAGGGUUAAUGCUUCAUAAACUAAUGAAUUAUUAUAACUCUUAAUUAUAAAUUGCCUUAUACAUAUUCUUUAUACACGUAAAACUCAAUCCAUUACUAACAGCAAGUAAUCUAACUAAGUUUAGGUAAGCUUAAUUGGCACAAUUCGUUGAGAUAUCGAUUGUUCAAAAUAAUAAAAAAAAUUUCUAUGAAUAAAGUAACAGGCAAAUGGCUUCUGUCAUUUUUCUCUUUACGACUGACUCUUGAUAAUCACGGACCGUAAACGAACAACGUAAGACUUCACAAAAAACAAAAGGACAAGAUGUAUUGUGUGGUGAACAAACAGCUAACAAUAAGAGACCAGGACUAUCCGGCAAACUUUGUACAAUAUAAGCUUCUAAUAUUAAGUUCGAAUAUAAAUAGCAGUUAACGGUACAUUGACAAAGGAAUGUAUAGGGAGCAUUCCAUGUCAACUCGACCUAUGAUUUUCCCUCGCCAUUUUUUAUUUGCUGCAGGAUUUUUUAUACGAUUCUAGAAUGACAAAAAACCACUCCAGUAUUUAUACACAUUUCGUCCUACAACCGAGAAUUUUUUAUGAUUAAGCAAACCUGUCUAACAAUUGGCAGAUUUUAAAAAUCUCAAUGUUAUUUUUGAAACUGGUUGAAAUCAGGCAAAAAAUUCGAAAAAAUUCUGGAGAGCUUUUUUGAGAUCGGAGAAUUGUAUAAAGAAUCCAGAAGCAAGUAAAAAAUGGUGAGGAAAAAUUAUUGGUCGAGUUGGCAUGGAAUAACCCAUAGCUUUUUCGCUACUGUUCAUAUAUAGACAGAGGAUUACGCUACAAGAUAUGAACGAAAUUCAGGGAAUUUUAUUGAAGUGAUGUUUUAAUAUGAAUUCAGAAUAUCUGUGAAAAGAAUAUUUCCAGUGAUGUUUGAAAAAAUCGAGUUGUUCAGCUUUAUGAAGUUUCCUCAAAAUGAUAAGUGUAUAAGCUUAUUCAGCUAAAACCUGACACUGCAUAGAUACGAAAGUAAAGCUGCUAUAUAUACGUGUCAUGUGAUGUGAAAAUGUUUAUUAAAUAAAAUACAUUGAAUAUCAUAAUUAACAUCGAUUAAGCGAGCCAGUCGCUCUAUCAGCUUACAACUUUUUAUUGACAGCUGGAGAAAUAAAUACUAUUUACAAAUGA